AUGGCUGAGUACAAAAUCGUUGUCUUCGGAGCUGGUGCUGUCGGCAAAUCAGCUCUUACAAUCCAAUUCGUUCAGGGCCAAUUCAUUACAGAUUAUGAUCCAACAAUUGAAGACUCUUACAAACGUCCGUUAAACAUUGAUGGUGAAUCUGUUCAAUUAGAUAUCACAGAUACCGCAGGACAGGAUGAUUUCGCUGCUAUGCGUACAUCUUACAUGCGCCAGGGCAAGGGCUUCAUCCUUGUCUACGCUAUCGAUGAUCGUGCUUCCUUCGAAGAAAUGGAAGCCUUCCAUCGUGAACUUAUUCGCACAAAGUGCACAUCUACAGUUCCAUGCGUUAUCUGCGGUAACAAGUGUGACCUUGAAGAACGUCGAUUAGUUAGCAAGGCUGAGGGUGAAGAACUCGCUGCUAAGCUUAAAUGCAGAUUCUUUGAAACAUCAGCUCUUACAAAUUACAAUAUUCAUGAAACAUUCACAGCAUUAGUUAAGGAUAUUAUUGCAGAAUCCAAGCCAAAGCCAACAGAUGAUAAUAAACAAGACAAACCAGAAGAAGGCGGUAACUGCUGCUACCUCAUCUAA